UAAUUUUUUUAAUUCAUUUCGUAAAAAAGAUAAUUCUUCAAUUAGUCAAAAAUAUAAUAAUGAAGCAAGAAAAAUUUAUGAUGGACCAAAAUUUUGGGAAUUAUCGGAAAUUUAUGAAAAAAAUGAUAAUAUUCAAAAGAAAUUAGAGAAAUUGGUUAAGAAGUUUAAUCAAAGUCUUGCUGAUGAAUAUAUGGAUAAAGAUCAUGCCGGACCUCAAAUAGAGGUAGUAACGAAUAAGCUUGGUAAUAUAACAAUUCGUGCCGAUGUUGAAGUGAUCUCAUCAUUAGAUGGACUUGUAAAGAUUAUGAAAGCUUCCGUUAAUGAAAAGAAACAUGUUAAAGCUGUAGGAGGUUUCGAAGCGUUCAAUCGAAUUUCCGAAACUGAUGGAUUUCUUCUUUAUACCAAAAAUUAUCGUGGAAUAAUUAAAGCAAAUUCAGAAUUAUUAAAAGAUGAAUUUAAAAAUAAUAAUAUUUAUUAUAAUGUACGAUGUGGAACUACAUUACGUGAAAUUGUAUCAGAAUUAAAGAAGGAUGAUAGAGCUUUAUUUAAUUUACCUGGAUAUGAUGGACAAGCAAUUGUUGGAUGUAAUGCAACAUCUACACAUGGAAGUGGAAUUACUCUUCAACCUUUAGCUUCAUUUAUAGCUACGGUUGAUCUUGUUGUACCAGGUGGAAAAAUUUACAAAAUUGAACCAACAAAUGGAAUCACAAAUCCUGAUUUAUUCUUAAAACGAUGCCCACAUAUUCAACUAAUACAAGAUGACGAAACAUUCAAUGCUAGUGUAGUAAACUUAGGAGCAUUAGGAGUCGUAUAUCAAGUAACUAUUAUUACAGUACCAUAUUAUAAAGUGAUUUCAAUUAGAGAAGAAACAACUUGGGAAGAAGUUAAACCCAUCUUAUCAAAAAAACCUUAUAAUGAAAAUGAUAUUUUAAAAUAUCAUAAUGCAGAAAUAUGGAUAAGUCCUUAUACACCUUACACACUUAUUACAAGGAGAAAUAUUGCUACGAAAGAAGACGAACAAAAUUAUCCAAAAUUACAACAGAAUCAUCCUAAAUUACAACAAAAUCAUUGGACACAAGAAUUUUUAGAUUAUCCAAUUAUUAAGGAUAUCGCUAAUAAAUUAAGUGCUGAUGGUGGACAUAUAUUAUUCUUAUUAUUAAAUUUAUUUCCAAAUACUGUUCCUUUAUUAAUUGAAACAGCUUUAAAAACUCAAUAUAAUGAAAUUCCUGCGGUUGAUGAUUAUAAUAAUAUUUAUUCUAUUGGAUUAUCUAAUAAUUUUAAAGCUGUCGCAGCAGAAUUUUCAUUUUCAAUGAAAGAUGAUAAUCAUAUUAAAGCUAUUGAUGAAUUAAUAAAGACAUUACAAGAAAUAAGAACUAACUUUAAUUAUAAUAUUAAUGGUCCUAUUUCCGUAAGGUUUACAGCUGCUUCCUCUCAAUAUAUGUCUAUGGCUCAUAAUACAAAUGGUGAACCAAGAUGUUUUGCUGAAAUGCCAAUACUAGUAUAUGAUACAAAGAUUGACUAUUAUAAACAUGUUUAUAAACCAUUAUUUGGGGUAGCAUUAAAAUAUAAUGCUAGAUUUCAUUGGGGACAACAUUUAGAUUCAGAUUUAGAUCAAACUUAUCUUUAUAAUUCCUUUGAUAAAAAUGCUAUUGAAUUAUUUCUUAAACAAAUUUCUAAAUUUGAUUCUCAAGGUUUAAUGACUAAUAAUUUUUUAGCAAAAUUUGGUCUUAUUCCUAAGCAAUAAUUUUAAUAAUGUUACCAGUAAAAUAUUUAAAGAUGGUAAAUCUAAUUGAAAGGAAAGAAAACUGGCGUAACAAAUAUACUUUUAAUGCGCAGUAAGUUUUUAGUUUUAGACUAAACGUGAUUUUAUUAUUUUUUAUUAUUAUU